AUGGCUGCAUGGCAGAUCAAGUUUUCAUAUGUUAGCCUCUCAGCGCUGUUGAAAAGAAACAGGACAUCCUUGAUAUUAUCACUUAUUAUCACCAUGAACUGCUGAUGUGUUUAUCACUGUUCCAAAGUCAUUCUUGGGUGUAUUCACUAGGAAACAAACAGAAGCAAACAGACCGAAACGGGGAGGGAGCAACCUGAAAUUGUCAAAUAAGAAACUCGUUUUUUGUUGCAAACCGUUUAUCCUUGCAAAAUGUUUAUCCUCUCUGUGUUCCAGGUCUGAUGCCCGGCUGCCGCCAUGUUCACUAAGAAGAAGAAGUCCCGUGUCCAGAUCUCGGCGCCCUCCAACUUCGAGCACCGCGUGCACACAGACUUUGACGAGCAGGAACAGAAGUUUGUGGGGUUGCCGCGGCAAUGGCAGUCUCUGAUCGAGGACACGGCCAAGAGGCCCAAGCCCUUCAUCGACGUUACCAUCAUCACCACGGUGGAGCCCCGCAAGGUCAGGGGUCAUGAAAAUGGGACGUGGGAGGAAAGGGGCGUGUCACAAACAGGAAAUUAUGUUUUCACUGUAGGGUCAUUCUCUGUUGACAAAUAUUGAGAAGUUGUAAUUUGAGAGAAUGCCAUGGCAAAAGGUAUGAUGGUCAUGCACUCAAAAAGAUGUCGCAUGAAGCUUACUUAUUUUUGUUUUUAAAAAUUAUCUGCAUCAGGGAAAGCGUACACAGAAGUUCCGGCUUUGCGGCCUUCUUCAGUGUGUAGGCCAUAGGAAAGGGCACUAAACUAUAACUGUCUCAGAUUACUGUACGUCAGAUUUGGAUCACAGUCUGAAUGCACAGAACCUAAACAGUAAACAUGAUUGUCUUCUUUCCUAAACAAUAAACACAGCGAAUGCAAAAGACAUCACUGAAAAUAGAAUCUGCCGGUCAUCAUAUCUCUUUUUAGAAUGAAGCCGUGACAGUCCAGGAAGUCUCUCUUGUCCUCACUCAUCUGAUCUCCACCCCUCCUUACUUGGUGUCUCUGUCUCUCCCUCCUGUAGACCAUAGUGCGGGGUAGUAAGAUCGCUGUGGAUGGCUCACUGACAUGGCUGCUGGAUGAGUUUGACACCAUGUCGGUGACCCGCUCCAACUCCCUGAGGCGAGGCAGCUCCCCCAUCCAGCCGCGCAGAGAUUCAGGAUCCUCGGGGGGAGGAGGCCAUGAGAACGGGGACCUGGCCCACCGGCCACACCACCACCCAGAUCACUAUGGAGACAUCAGAGACAGGUACAGUGUCGGCAGAAGGGGGCCAGGGGGUAUUCAGAUCUCACCUGUAAAAUGACUCUGAGGAAACGUUUCCACCACUCCAGAGAGAUGUAACCUGUUUACCGUGUCUCUGUUGCACUAGGGAGUGGCCCAGGCCGGACCAGUUUGCUGGUGGAGACCCCCGGCUGCCCCAGCGGGUACCACGCUCUCAGAGAGAGGACGGCCGGCCACAGCAGCAUCCCCGGGGUCAGGAGCCAGGCAGCAGGCACCGAGAGAGGGAGCGCCCUGGCCCACCCCCUCCCCCGCCAAAGCCCAGAAACAUGGACCCACAGGAUCACCACGACCAGGUAGUCCGCAGGGAAGGGCCCAGCGACAAGAGGCCCAAGUCCAGCUACACGGGCAGGGACGGCAGCCCCCAGUCGCCCCGGGAUAAGAGACCUCUCUCGGGGCCCAACAUCCGUAUGCCUAACCUGCCUGUCACAGAGGAGGUGAUCAAGACGGCACAGCAGAGCAGCAGGCCGUUCAACACCUACCCUCGCGCUGACAGUGAAGGAGGAAGGAGCCCCCCCAGCCAGGUACUGACUGGCUGCUAGGUGAACGCCAGGACAUUGGGAGAUAUGAAGAGAAUGGAAACCAGUGUAGCUAAUGUUCUAUUGUCUGUCUCUGACAGACGUCUCCGACAUAAAAUUGUUGUUCAUACAGUGUCAUCAUUUUCUCUCCCUUCUAGGAGCUGAAGCCAGCCCGACCACACGAAGCUCCGCCACACAACGGUCCCUCUAGUGCCCCCAGCCGAGGCGAGGGCAAAGCUCCACAGAAGGGCCAGCUACGAGGGGACCCCCACCACACCUCCCACCCUGUCCUGGGCCCUGAGCCCCCCCAUGGCCACCAGCAGCAGAAGGCUCCUGUUCCCCGCCCCCCGGCCCCUGCCCUACCACCACAGCAGGCCCUCUCGCACCAGAGGGAGCCCCAGCGGGUGUCCCAUGAGCAGUUCCGCGCCGCGCUGCAGAUGGUGGUGGACCCAGGAGACCCACGCACUUACCUGGACCACUACAUCAAGAUCGGAGAGGGCUCCACCGGCAUUGUAUGCAUUGCCACCAUCAAGAGCACCGGCAAACUGGUGGCCGUCAAGAAGAUGGACCUGCGCAAGCAGCAGCGCCGGGAGCUGCUAUUCAAUGAGGUGGGGACGAUGGUCACUGUAAUGGACUUGGAUGGGAGUCUUGUUUUAGUACCUGUAUUGACUUGAACAGAAUGCAAUUGAGAUGAUGGAGGUCUUAAGAUUGUGGAUAUUCAGGGAAUACAGGCCAUGAAUUUAUAAGCUAUUAGUUGUGUGAUUCAUAACCUUUUAUAGUGGCAUUGGCUAUUACAGAGCUGAUUUGCUAACGUUUGAAAGAUUUGUCCUGCGUGGAGGGAGCGGUUCAUGCAUAUCUUUGCAGGGGUGUAAUGAGUGAUGUCAUAUGCCGCGUAAUCUCCCACGGUGUCCUUAGUGACGCUGGUUCCUGUGCUCUCCAGGUGGUGAUCAUGCGGGACUAUCACCAUGACAACGUGGUGGAGAUGUACAACAGCUACCUGGUGGGAGAUGAACUCUGGGUCGUCAUGGAGUUCCUGGAGGGAGGGGCUCUAACUGACAUCGUCACACACACCAGGUGGGUAUCUGUUGAUCUGUCUGUUGAUCUGCGGUUAGUGCUACCCUAAACCCUAACCAUUUAAAAUUUCAACUUCAAUGGGGUGAUGUCAGAGUUGGACAUACCAAGGAUCCCGGAUAGCAAUGACCGUUGAUCUGCUGCUUUGACCAGCAGGACUAUAGACUAUGGUAGGGCUGCCCAACCCUCUUCCUGUAGCUAUACCGUCCUGUAGGUUUUCAGUCCCACCCUAACCUAACAUACCUGAUUCAGCUAGUUAAGGUUUUGGUGAGCAGCUAAUAAGGAGAAUAAGGUGGUUAAAUAGAUUUGAACUGAACCUACAGGAUGGUAGAUCUCCAGGAAGAGGCAUGGGCAGCCCUGGGCUAUGGUGAUUAGAUUUAAGAUUGUCUGUAUUUCAUACCAGUCAUAUAGCAUUCAAUUGCCUAUAUCUUAGCUGUUUUUACAAUACAAGCAAUGGUAACCACUCAAAAUGUUUUUUGUUGAGUUAUUUGUUUCACCACUAGGUGGUAGUGUCGCAUAGCUACACCCUCAUGUCAAUGCAUUGCAAUCUGUUAUUUCUCUGUCAACUCUGAGUGCUAAUGACCUGUGUGUGUGUGUCCAGGAUGAACGAGGAGCAGAUAGCCACAGUGUGUCUGUCUGUGCUGAAGGCUCUGUCAGUGCUGCACACCCAGGGUGUCAUCCACAGGGACAUCAAGAGUGACUCUAUCCUGCUCACCCACGACGGCAGAGUACGUACACUUAACUCCAGAGGUUAAAGUUCUCUGUGACUGUGAUGGAUUUCCGUCAUAUUGGGGGGGGUGGCUGGGGCUGGUUUGGAGAUGACAUAGCCUAAUACAGACAGAAGCAUGUCUGUUCUAUUAAAUAUAUUCCCAAAUAAAUCUAUUCUCAAAUAUUUUAUUUUCUCUGUUACGCUGUGUGCACUGAACUGACAUGCAGGAUUGUUGAUGACACUGAUGUUCAGAUGAAGGGAAUUAAAUAGUCUAUAUAAUGUGCACCACAGCAGUGCUCAACUCAGACAGCUGUGUGUAGCCUACUGUAGCUUCUGGCAAAGUCAUGCAAAGCCUAUUCUUUAUCACUCAGGAUGGAACUUUUCAGUGCUACUAUUUUUGCCAUUUAAUGUUGUUAUUAAAACACAAUCAAACACCCCAUAGUAGAAUAGUUUACCUAGUUACCUAGUCGGCUUGUUGUUGCGUGUUCUAUGUGAGAUAAAUAUUCCUGUCGAGGCACAUUGAAGUUGCGAGAGCCAUAGGAGGGAAACGUGUAUUCUGACAAGCAGUCAAUGCACAACAAUUCUUAAUGCAAUUGCGGAAAGCACGUUUGAAAGCAGUUUUGGGAAAUGUAUUUUGAAAAACGUUUUAUUUCUCUACUCCUUUAAUUGCGUGUGGCAUAGUUUUACAAAUGCAGUUUUACAAUUGGAGUUUCAAGCGUGGUUUAGGGGCAGCUGCACAACAGAGCACUUAAAGGGGCAUUGUCGUCUUAAAAGGGCAAUGACACUUUGUAAUAGAAACCAAAUUUUUUUUCGGUUUGAAUAAUUGAUAUAUUCAUAUUUAUAAUAAAAUAAUAACAACAAUCAGGAUGUUGUGUCCAAUGGGGUAAAUGCAGAUGGACAAACCCCAUGCUUUAGCCUAUGUAAAUGUUAUAGCCAUGCUUCAUCAGUUGGGCUACAGGUGAUAAUGCUUAUUGCUAAUAGCCCAUCUGAUAAUAUAGACUAUGCAUAGGUUAUAUGCACAUGGUCCAAUAUGUUAAAAUAACUAACAUUUGUACCAAUACGUUAUUGGGCCCAUUUCUGGAGGUAGAAAUUAUAUUUUAGAUGGUGUCGGCAUCAUGUUAUUUUCAAUAAUUUUGGAGUAGAAUGUCCUUUCAAAAAGUCACCAGAACUGAGCUCAACCCUUCUACAUAAAAAUGAUCCUGGGUAGGACCUAAGCAAGUGGACGGGAAUUGGUCCAACAUGAUGGUCAUGUCUUUCUUACAUGAAAGGGAGGUUCACUUGGCCCCAGACAAUUGAUCUGAGAUCGAUCUAAGUUUCAGUCAUGGGAUUUUUUGUUGCUUUAACCCCUGCCUAACUCUCACCCCAACUCUACAUCACUACCUCCCUCAUAGACAAUUACAGUGGGGGAAAAAAAGUAUUUAGUCAGCCACCAAUUGGGCAAGUUCUCCCACUUAAAAAGAUGAGAGAGGCCUGUAAUUUUCAUCAUAGGUACAUGUCAACUAUGGCAGACAAAAUGAGGAGAAAAAAAUUCAGAAAAUCACAUUGUAGGAUUUUUAAUGAAUUUAUUUGCAAAUUAUGGUGGAAAAUAAGUAUUUGGUCAAUAACAAAAGUUUCUCAAUACUUUGUUAUAUACCCUUUGUUGGCAAUGACACAGGUCAAACGUUUUCUGUAAGUCUUCACAAGGUUUUCACACACUGUUGAUGGUAUUUUGGCCCAUUCCUCCAUGCAGAUCUCCUCUAGAGCAGUGAUGUUUUGGGGCUGUCGCUGGGCAACACGGACAUUCAACUCCCUCCAAAGAUUUUCUAUGGGGUUGAGAUCUGGAGACUGGCUAGGCUGAUGGAAGGAGGUUUUCACUCAAAAUCUCACGAUACAUGGCCCCAUUCAUUCUUUCCUUUACGCGGAUCAGUCGUCCUGGUCCCUUUGCAGAAAAACAGCCCCAAAGCAUGAUGUUUCCACCCCCAUGCUUCACAGUAGGUAUGGUGUUCUUUGGAUGCAACUCAGCAUUCUUUGUCCUCCAAACAUGACUAGUUGAGUUUUUACCAAAAAGUUAUAUUUUGGUUUCAUCUGACCAUAUGACAUUCUCCCAAUCCUCUUCUGGAUCAUCCAAAUGCACUCUAGCAAACUGCAGACGGGCCUGGACAUGUACUGGCUUAAGCAGGGGGACACGUCUGGCACUGCAGGAUUUGAGUCCCUGGCGGCAUAGUGUGUUACUGAUGGUAGGCUUUGUUACUUUGGUUCCAGCUCUCUGCAGGUCAUUCACUAGGUCCCCCCGUGUGGUUCUGGGAUUUUUGCUCACCGUUCUUGUGAUCAUUUUGACCCCACGGGGUGAGAUCUUGCGUGGAGCCCCAGAUCGAGGGAGAUUAUCAGUGGUCUUGUAUGUCUUCCAUUUCCUAAUAAUUGCUCCCACAGUUGAUUUCUUCAAACCAAGCUGCUUACCUAUUGCAGAUUCAGUCUUCCCAGCCUGGUGCAGGUCUACAAUUUUGUUUCUGGUGUCCUUUGACAGCUCUUUGGUCUUGGCUAUAGUGGAGUUUGGAGUGUGACUGUUUGAGGUUGUGGACAGGUGUCUUUUAUACUGAUAAGUUCAAACAGGUGCCAUUAAUACAGGUAACGAGUGGAGGACAGAGGAGCCUCUUAAAGAAGAAGUUACAGGUCUGUGAGAGCCAGAAAUCUUGCUUGUUUGUAGGUGACCAAAUACUUAUUUUCCACCAUAAUUUGCAAAUAAAUUCAUAAAAAAUCCUACAAUGUGAUUUUCUGGAUUUUCUUUUCUCAAUUUGUCUGUCAUAGUUGACGUGUACCUAUGAUGAAAAUUACAGGCCUCUCUCAUCUUUUUAAGUGGGAGAACUUGCACAAUUGGUGGCUGACUAAAUACUUUUUCCCCCCACUGUAUAAGACUAGAGUAUGUACACCUAACUCCCUCACCACAACCCAACCAUGCUUCAUACACAAUGAUAUUAUAAUUUUCCAUGGCAAAAACACGAAAUAGACUAAAACUUGCUGUAUGAUAUAAGAUAUUGUGUGAUAUAAGCCUAGCUUUGGAAAAUAAAUAAUGUGACUGAGUGACAAAAGAAGGCUCUGUGUAUCCAACAGUAGAAUGUCUGAUUCAUGUUUUGUUUCUUUGCCAUGAUAUACCUCAGAGUAUUGGGAUACUGGUAUCGUGACAACCCUUUCCAUACCACCCAGUCAUAACAGGCGAAACGAUAUGAAACCAUCUGUCAAAAUGAAGAUAUGGGAAAAGAGGAACUUGUUGCAGUCAUGUUUGUUCCCAAAGUAUUGUAAUAUAUGAGAGGUAAUGGAGGGCUUGAAGCUCACACUGUUAAUUUAGUUCUUACUUUACCCGACAACAGUUUGUACAUGAUGCAACAGUUUGAUCUUUCAUUGAGCCCAACUGUCAACCUCAAGCCCCCUGAAGUCACUUGUAGCUGUCAUGGUUAGCAUGCUAAGGGCUCCACUUAGCUCUUAUUGUGGUUGAACCAAGGGGAAGUGAAGUCAGUCACCCUCAGCUGUUUCUCGGCAGAAGAGGGUGGAGCCCUUAGCACCAGUGCAUUUGCGUGUGUCUGUAUUCACUGCAUGUUUAAUUUCCCCUUACCAAUUCAAAGCAUGCUUUAGUCAGUGAGCACAGUUCUUCAGAAGUCACCAUUGGCAGACAGGAUAUUUAUCCACCCAGGCAUUGCAAAGGUUUUCUCAGAAAACUGUGGGAGGUGUUCCGCUUUGAUUUGUAGUACUAUAAAGCAGGACAUUGCUAGAUAGAGGAUUGUUCUUUGUACACAAAGGGUUGAGCCUGUCAAUCUACAGUGAAGGAAAAAAGUAUUUGAUCCCCUGCUGAUUUUGUACAUUUGCCCACUGACAAAGACAUGAUCAGUCUAUAAUUUUAAUGGUAGGUUUAUUUGAACAGUGAGAGACAGAAUAACAACAAAAAAAUCCAGAAAAACGCAUGUCAAAAAUGUUAUAAAUUGAUUUGCAUUUUAAUGAAGGGAAAUAAGUAUUUGACCCCUCUGCAAAACAUGACUUAGUACUUGGUGGCAAAACCCUUGUUGGCAAUCACAGAGGUCAGAUGUUUCUUGCAGUUGGCCACCAGGUUUGCACACAUCUCAGGAGGGAUUUUGUCCCACUCUUUGCAGAUCUUCUCCAAGUCAUUAAUGUUUCGAGGCUGACGUUUGGCAACUUGAACUUUCAGCUCCCUCCACAGAUUUUCUAUGGGAUUAAGGUCUGGAGACUGGCUAGGCCACACCAGGACCUUAAUGUGCUUCUUCUUGAGCCACUCCUUUGUUGCCUUGGCCGUGUGUUUUGGGUCAUUGUCAUGCUGGAAUACCCAUCCACGACCCAUUUUCAAUGCCCUGGCUGAGGGAAGGAGGUUCUCACCCAAGAUUUGAUGGUACAUGGCCCCGUCCAUCGUCCCUUUGAUGCGGUGAAGUUGUCCUGUCCCCUUAGCAGAAAAACACCCCCAAAGCAUAAUGUUUCCACCUCCAUGUUUGACGGUGGGGAUGGUGUUCUUGGGGUCAUAGGCAGAAUUCCUCCUCCUCCAAACACGGCGAGUUGAAUUGAUGCCAAAGAGCUCGAUUUUGGUCUCAUCUGACCACAACACUUUCACCCAGUUCUCCUCUGAAUCAUUCAGAUGUUCAUUGGCAAACUUCAGACGGGCCUGUAUAUGUGCUUUCUUGAGCAGGGGGACCUUGCGGGCACUGGUAACACACUACGGCGUAGUGUGUUACCAAUUGUUUUCUUGGUGACUAUGGUCCCAGCUGCCUUGAGAUCAUUGACAAGAUCUUCCUGUGUAGUUCUGGGCUGAUUCCUCACUGUUCUCAUGAUCAUUGCAACUCCACGAGGUGAGAUCUUGCAUGCAGCCCCAGGCCAAGGGAGAUUGACAGUUAUUUUGUGUUUCUUCCAUUUGCGAAUAAUCGCACCAAAUGUUGUCACCUUCUCACCAAGCUGCUUGGCAAUGGUCUUGUAGCCCAUUCCAGCCUUGUGUAGGUCUACAUUCUUGUCCCUGACAUCCUUGGAGAGCUCUUUGGUCUUGGCCAUGGUGGAGAGUUUGGAAUCUGAUUGAUUGAUUGCUUCUGUGGACAGGUGUCUUUUAUACAGGUAACAAACUGAGAUUAGGAGCACUCCCUUUUAAGAGUGUGCUCCUAAUCUCAGCUCAUUACCUGUAUAAAAGACACCUGGGAGCCAGAAAUCUUUCUGAUUGAGAGGGGGUCAAAUACUUAUUUCCCUCAUUAAAAUGCAAAUCAAUUUAAAACAUUUUUGACAUGCGUUUUUCUGGAUUUUGUUGUUGUUAUUCUGUCUCUCACUGUUCAAAUAAACCUACCAUUAAAAUUAUAGACUGAUCAUUUUUUGUCAGUGGGCAAACGUACAAAAUCAGCAGGUGAUCAAAUACUUUUUUCCCUCACUGUAUAACACACAACGUCCAUGUCAGCUGAAAAGUCUGAAAUGUAGUCAUUUGCAAAGAUAGCAGUAUUUUUUUUUUUGAAUGUAAGUUUUUCCCCUACAAAUAAUUUAAGUAAAUUUUCAAAGCUUUUGAUCAACAGUUACUCAGGUGUCCUAAUCUCAGCGGUGACAUUAUUUAGAAAAUACCCUGUAUGUGUGAAUAGUAGUGUAGCUCUGACCCUCUCCUCUUCGUCGUCGUCCGUCCCCCGUCCCCCGUCCCCCGUCCCCCCUCCCCUCCAGGUGAAGCUUUCAGACUUUGGCUUCUGCGCCCAGGUGUCUAAAGAGGUCCAGCGGCGCAAGUCCCUGGUGGGCACACCUUACUGGAUGGCCCCGGAGCUCAUCUCACGACUGCCCUAUGGGCCUGAGGUAAGGUCCAGUUAGUUGUGUCUGUGUGCGUGCAUUAUAAUUCUCAACUAUCGCUGAUCGCUGUGUGUAUACAAUAUUCUACCCUGUAGGUGGACAUCUGGUCCUUGGGGGUGAUGGUGAUCGAGAUGGUGGACGGAGAGCCCCCCUAUUUCAAUGAGCCCCCCCUCAAAGCUAUGAAGAUGAUCCGUGACAACCUACCACCCAAACUCAAGAACUUACACAAGGUACUUGGCACACUAGAAAGAGCCCAUCUCUCACGCAAGGCCCCAACAUGGUUAACUAUGUCCCUGUUAUUCAACGUUUUGAAGUUGAUACUCAUCCUUUGACGUUAUUGUUCCUUCUCUCCGUUCCCAGGUUUCUCCUCUCCUCAAGGGCUUCCUGGACAAAUUGCUGGUGCGAGACCCCACCCAGAGGGCCACAGCCAACGAGCUGCUCAAGCACCCCUUCCUGAGCAAGGCUGGCCCGCCCUCCUGCAUCGUGCCUCUCAUGAGGCAGAACCGCAUGAGAUGAGAGCAGGCGGAGGCCUCUCCCCCACUAAGUGGUAGUGUCACAUGGACCCUCAACCCCCCCCAAGCUCACACCUCGGACUCACACUUAUCUAGAGCGAGGGGGGGAGGCCAGCGGAGAAACACUGCUCAGCUCAUAUUAGCAUUUUUACUGGUCAAGCAUUUUUUAAAGAACCUUUUGAAAUGAAAAGGAACUCUGUCUGUCCCUUUUCCUGUGGGAGAAAACAGUUUGACACUAGAAGGAUUUAUAGCUUGAGCGGUUUGGUGCAGAAUGAGGCUUGGAAAGUGCUGUGGGAUCAUUAGACCAUAAGCUGCCUGCUGGGGAGACUCACAAAAAGCACUGUUAGCAUCCUAGCUGAAUGGUCUGAACCAUGCUUCCUCACUACAGGACUUCCUCACUACAUGGCCCACACUCAACUCUAUUCCAAUAGACAGGACAUCAUAAACUACUACUGAAAGAGGACCAUGCUUUUCUCUUACCACAUGAUGCAUACAAUUAUUUUUUUAAUGACAAUAAACACUUGGUUCCUGUUACAAACACUAAGCAAAGGUAAACACUGGAGUUGUGUUUUUCAGAUGAUUUUCUUUUCUUUAUUUUUCUUGUGUAAGUAUAAUGAAUAUAGAUAUCCUCUUUGUUUUCUCUGUUGUGAUUUUUUUUGGUUACAAUGAGAUGAUUUGAAGCACUGUUCUGAGAUAGAAGCUGCACUCCUGGUUGAUUCCAAUAUAUCGUAUAGUUUUUGUAAUAAUUUUUUAUUACAAGAUUAAUAUUUUUGUUUCUUUUAAUUGACCUGUGUUUAAUAGGACAUCAUGAUAAAGUGAACAUCAAGGCAGAGUUUUAGCUGGUUUUUGUUCUAAAGGCUUAUUUUUACUUUAGGAAUUUAGCUAUAUAGAUUGUGCUCCCUGUAACCCCUCGAUCCGCUGCUGUAUACCUCAACUGUUAGUCUAUAGUAGUAACCACUAGGUCAAUGUAAGGACAAGCCUUAUGAAAGCACCACCCCUCCCGCCCGCACACCUGUAUAUACAGGAAUCCUCCAGAUUGCCUAAAUAAGUAGCUUUCUCCUUAAGUUUUAUUUUCUUCAUUUUUCCUAAUGAUGCAUUUCUUUAACACCUGACCUGGCCGGUCUGGACUAUGUGAAUGUAGUACUGAGCCACAAACAGGCUCUGUGUUUAAAGAUAGAAUCUGCAGUAGGGGGAAACGGCGUCACUGGUCACCCCCUCCACCAUUGUUAUUUUUUAUUUUUCUGAGCUGAGGAGCAUGGUAAAAAAAAAAGUACAUAGUGUGCUCUUCUAUCGUGCGUGCA